AAGUGGUAAAUAGGAACUAGGAAGUAACAAGCGGUAAGUGAGAUAGAAACUCUAAAACACUUGCUCAUACCCUACCAUCACACUUCACUGACUCACUGACUGGGCAUGACUCAGUCUUCUUCUCGCUAUCUGUAACAUGCAAAUUGGGUCCCCCUCUGUCUUUGUCCUUAUAUACAUAUAUAUUUUUUUUUUCUCUCAUAUACCAUAGACGUGUGUAUAUCCCUCCAUUUGCAUUUCACGACAACGUGGACUGCAGGUGCUGACUGGUAUUUCGCCAUUUUAUUAGGCUUAUAAAGCUAACAGACAACCAAAACCUUCUCUCUCUCACUUUCUCUCGUAGUACCAUUCAUAGCUCUCUCGUCCAAGUGUUUUCAUUCAAACAUUAUAUUAUUACAUUUCGCUUCAGUUUACUAUUUGGCUAGCUAGCUCGUACUAUUUUCUCUGGCUCUCCUCGCUUCCCUUUUUUAACUAUAAACUCUAUCAUCAACCCCCAAAAGUUUGCAUUGCCUAAGAGAUCUUUACCACAAUCCUUUUUUUAACUUCUUAUUCUUCAUUUUCUUACUAUUACUUAGCAAACCCCAUUUUCAUCGUCCUUUGCGUGGUUUUUCCAAUUCGAGUGUGAGAAAAACAGAUAAAAAAAAGACUUGCUCGUAGCAAUUGACAGACAUCAAAGAAAGAAGAAGAUGAUGCAUAGGUGCAGUAGUAGUUCUCAUGGGAACUCGGUGGGACCCUGUUCAUGUGGACUGUUUCACAGUCAAAGUAAUUCCCUUUCCAUGCUUUUCUCCAUGCCAAACAACCACAAACCCUUUGAUGAAGCAGCAGCUGAAAUGUAUUCUUUCGCUUCCCCUUCUUCUUCUGUGGAUUGUACCCUCUCUUUAGGAACUCCAUCCACCCGUCUCACCGAGGACGACGAGAAAAGAAUGCGCCACGACUACCGUCGCAACGAUUCCUGCGUGCCUAAUUUCUGCUGGGACUUAUUGCAGAACAAGCAUAACAACUCUGCACCCACUUCUCACAAAAAUGGUAGCCGAGGAAGCAAUAAUAAUACCACCAAUAACAGUGGAAGUGAUCCUCUUCUUGCUCGCCGCUGUGCCAACUGCGAUACCACUUCUACUCCUUUAUGGAGGAACGGCCCUAGAGGUCCUAAGUCGCUUUGUAAUGCUUGUGGAAUUCGAUUCAAGAAGGAAGAGAGGCGAGCCACGGCUGCCGCAGCAACAUCCAACGGAGCAGUGGGUUCAAAUGUAGUAAUGGAAUCUUCCAACCAUAUGUUUAGCCAUCAUCAUAACAAUUCGUGGAUUAAUCCCCAGUCGCAGAACCAGAAAAUGCCUUGUUAUCCACCUUCCAUUGGCAACGAAUUCAGGUUCAUCAAUGGUGGAGACGACAACCUCGAAUCCGAUACCGGCAUUUCCUUCCUUUCUUGGCGUCUCAAUGUCACUGAUAGACCAAGCCUUGUCCAUGACUUUACAAGAUGAAAAUUGAGACAAAUUCAAUUCAACGGUCGAGAUCGUGCAGUUUUUUUUUCUUUUUUUUUAUCUUUUUUCCUCUAAAGAAAAAAAACGUAUCACCGAAAAUGAUGUGGAAGAUGUUUGAUGAUGGCGAUGGUUUUCCCCCACCAUGGUCUACUCCGUCAAAAUUCUUUUUCUUUUUUCGUUUUAGCUUUUUCUCCGUCUUACAUAGAUGGAAUGAAAGACGGGAUAAUUCUAUGUUCUUCUUAGUUCGCUUUUCUUUUAAGUUCUUUCUUAACUUUUUUUUUUCUUUUUUUUUCUUUUUUUCAGUUACAUAUAUAAAAACUUUAUGUUGGUUCGCUUUCUCAAUUAUUUCCGACGACGUUAUGAAACAUCUUU